AUGGUGAUAUGUGGUUCUAAUGCAUUUGUGCACCAAAAUGGGGGUAUUACAGCAAUGAUUCUUGCUGCUAAAUACCCCAACAGUGUCAAUGAAUUGUGUUGUUAUAUGUUGCAGACACUUGGUAAUAAGAGAUACUCACUGCUCGGUUGGAGUGAUGGGGGUAUUACAGCAAUGAUUCUUGCUGCUAAAUACCCUAACAAUGUCAAUAAAUUGUGUUGUUAUAUGUUGCAGACACUUGGUUAUAAGAGAUACUCACUGCUUGGUUGGAGUGAUGGUGGUAUUACAGCAAUGAUUCUUGCUGCUAAAUACCCCAACAAUGUUAAUAAAUUGUGUUGUUAUAUGUUGCAGACACUUGGUUAUAAGAGAUACUCACUGCUUGGUUGGAGUGAUGGGGGUAUUACAGCCAUGAUUCUUGCUGCUACAUACCCCAAGAAUGUCAACACAAUGGUGAUAUGGGGUUCUAAUGCAUUUGUGCACCAAAAGGACAUGGAAAUAUUUACAGGUGUAAAGGAUAUAGAUAACUGGAGUGACAGGAUGAGGACACCAUUCUUAGAGGUAUAUGGAGAGGAAUACUUCAGAAAGCAAUGGGGCAACUGGGUAGAUGCCUACAGUGCUUAUUAUACACAGAAUAAAGGAGACAUAUGUAAGGAUGACUUGAAGAACAUAAUCUGCCCCUCAUAUAUGCUUCAUGGGAACAAAGACCCCAUGGUACCACAGUACCAUCCUGACUACCUAAAGGAGCAUAUAAAAAAUCUAAAGGUGCACUAUUUUCCUGAUGGCAAACACAACAUACAUCUGAGAUACGCUGACGAGUUCAACACCCUUGUCUCAAAAUUUCUGGAUGAACAUACGUAGUGAAUGAAAGGACAGAAUUUGAGAGCAUAUUCAAAAAUGACAUUAUGGAGCACCUGGCAUCUCUGUUCAUUUCAAAAAUGGCCCUUUAAUGGGUCUUUGUUCUAAAUAUUCAUAUUUUUGAAGGCCUGAUACUAUACUUAAUCUAGUAUACCUCAGAUACCUCUGAUGAAGUUUUUCUUUAUCCUAGAAAAAACAAAUACAGAUUUCAGGAUAGUCGUUAAGAUUUUAUGGGAUCUAGGACACAAAUGUUGCAUAAUCUAAUUACUGGAUGGCUCUUAGAUGUUUAUAUGUUGUUUUUUUUACUACUAUUUUUGGCUCAUUCUGUUUGUGAUCAAACAAACACUGUUAUAUUACUAUAUUUUACUAUAAUAUUUUAUUGUUAAAAAUGAUGUAAAAUGGAUCAUUUAAUACUAAUUUUAGUGCAAUCACUGAUUGACUGUCCUUUGUACAAUAGAGGAAGUUAUAUUACUCAAUAUAUGAGUAUAUUACUCAAUAUUUGAGUAAGUAAAAAGCAUUAUGUAGAUAAUAAUUUUUAAAUGCAUUUUGAUAUACAACAUGGAAAAUCAAUGUAAAUUAUGAUGUAUAAAUAUUCAAAAAAAUAUAUACUAUGUUUUUACAGACAUGUUCAUGUUUCUUUUCUAUCACUAUUAAUGAUAUUUUACAUUUGGUAAAAUACAACUGUCCUAGAAGCAA